AAUGUUCUGUGUGAGAACAUGCAUGAGAACUGUAUUUUCUCUAUUCUUGUAUUGUUUUGCUAAAUUAAGUGAAAUGCAGAUUGAAUUGCAGUGUUAGGAGAGAAUGCAAAUGCAUGUGAUGGAAAUGGAAUGCCUGGGUGUGAAAUGUGGAAUGAUAUGGCAAGUCCAGAUAAUUCUCCUAACUAUUUCCUGAUGUACUUUGUAAUGUGAAAUGCAUCCAAUCCAAAAGAAACAUUCUGUUAUUUUUCUUACAGUUUUUCUUCUCAGAUGAUGAAAAUUGUUUUGUUUCAUAUGGAUUCUGGAAGUGCAUGUGAGGCUGUGAGAGUGUUGUGACAUACACAUGGACAUAUAUGCACAAAAUACACCAUAUGUCAGUUAUGAAUGUAGCCAUCACUUCUUGAUUCAGAAAGAAAAUGUUUAAAUUUGCAAUUAUCGUGCCUUUCUAAAAAAUUGUAUUUACUUGUUUUCCCAUUUCUUAAUCUCUGAAGGUCUGUGCAGACUGAAGGGAUGUUAGGCUUUCUUGGUCUUCCACUACCUGAAUUAAUUCAAGUUCAAUACAUCUUAUGUUAAGUAAAGGUACCGACCCACAAUCUGUUCCUCUGUCUGUGCAUUGUCUAUUGAAGACCACAUGAAUAAUUGGAUAUUGAUAUUAUCAAAAUUUUUCUUCCAAAUAUUGAAUAUGCCUUUUUAAAAUCUGAUUUCUUUUUCAAAGUAAUUAUUCCAGUAACUAUUUAAUUAGAUCAGAAUUCUUGUGGUCUUUAAGAAUCGUGUAAAUGCAGUGGAUCACUUAUCUUAAGCUGCAUGAACUAACAUUAAAUUGGCAAUGUUUGGCUGAGCACAAUGGAUUUUUUUCUGGUGUUUGUUAUUACCAAGAAAUGUUUUUACACAACUAUAAGGAACAUUAAGGCACACUGACUGCACAAUUCAUCAUUUUGAACUGAAGGUCUCAAGCUUCACGUGUUUAAGUGCAUCUACAGUGGCUAAUAGAUAUUGAAGAGUAUCAGAAAAUAAGGUAGGGGUUUUCUUAAAAUUUUGCAGGCUUGAAUUAUUUUGAUCAGGAAAUAAUCAGUAACUUAAUAAAAUAUUUUUCUUCAUGUAUAAGAACUUAAUUUUAUUUUCUGAUUUAUUGCAGAUAUGCUGCAGUCAUUGAAAUCAAGCCCUGAAGGCACAAUUUGUGAAAUACACCCUUAAAGUGAUUUAACAUGUACUUAGAGUGGUACGUGGAUGUAGUAAAGUGAUCCAUCAUCUGAAUAAACUUACAUCUGUGUACCAUUAAAUCUUAGAAAAUCUUUGCAAUUUGGAUUACUUCAGCACUUGUUAAUUGAUCUUUGUCUUAAAGUGUACGCUCCUAUACCAUUCAAAUGGCAUAGCUGAUGCCAGUGAUGGUGUUGCAUAAUUGAAUUUGUAUCAAACGCUUCAUGUUGCCAGCAGUAAUUGAAGUUAAACAAGAGAAAUUGGAACCAGGUGUAUAAACAUUGUACAGCAUGACCUAGGUGUAGCAGAAGUGAUUGAUACUUCGUAGAACUAUUGAAAUUUGAAGUCUACAUGUCAAAUCUAUUCGGACUUUGUUUUGACUUUUGGGGCUUCUCUACAAAUUACAUGUUCACCAUCUGGUCUUCUGGUACUUAAGAACCCUUCUGAAUUCAUCUUUUUGUGAAUGAAAAUGAAAAGAGCAGGCUUGGGGUCAGAAGCAGAAUUCAACAGGAAGGAAGCAAUAUCAAACGAAUGAGCUGUUUAUGAUGAAUGCCAACAUUUAGAAAUGGCAAUACAUUACCACGGUGACACUGAUAGAUAUACAAGCAAGGUACCAAAAAUGUUCUUUGUACAGAAAGAAACCUGCCUGAAUGUAAUACAUAAGCUGACUUGUCAACUUUAGAAGCUGGUUGAAAAAUGGGAAUACUGAGCAAUCUUCUUCAUUCCACUUGAAAAUCGCACUUAGUAGACCUAUUGUGAAAGACAGGAGUAUUGAAUUUGCCCAGAAAUGUAGUGACCAGAUAAGUGAUAUUAAAUACAAAGAACACUACAUAAAGUCAAAAGGAAAGUAUACAUUUGUGCCAGAUACACCUCAUCAACAAUGUAUGAAAAAUGCAAAUAUUCUUAUGUCAGAGACCAAAUACAAGGAACGUGUGAAAAAGGAAAGUUCUAAGUGUUUGUAUGCUCAGAUGCCCGCCACUAUCGAAACUGUAUUUGCUAAAGAAGUUUCUCAGGUUCAGAGUAAGAAGCAAUAUAAGCAAAAAUAUGAUGCAGAGAAGGGAAAAUCAGAUUAUUCCAAUAUGAAGGUGCUGCCAGAUGUUAAACAUGCAAUGGAAGUCCAUAAACGUCAAAGUGAUGUAUUGUACAAGAAGGAUGCAGAUGCCAUUCACAGUUACACAGAGAUCAUUGAUAGACCAGAUAUCAAAAAAGCAACACAAGCUACCAAGCUGGUUAGCAAUUUUGCUUAUAAAAACCAAGCUAAAAUGGAAGUCUCUAUGAAAACAUCUGUUCUUGGUAGACCAGACAUAGAACACGCAAAGGCGGUCUCAAAAAUUACCAGCCAAGUUCACUAUAAAGACAACUUUAAGAAGGAGGUAAAAGGAAGGAGACACAGAUUCAAUCCCCAGCAGAGUGCUUCCUUCAGACAAUUGCAGGCAGCAUCUGUUCUUGCAAGUAAUGUGAAAUACAAGGAUGAUCUUCAAAAACUGAACCGGACAACAUCAAAUUUGCCCAAUCUGUUGCACCUGGAACAUGUAUUGGCAGUCAGCAAAUUACAAAGUGAUCAUGAAUACAAGAAAGAGUUUGAAAAAAUCAAAGGUCAUUAUCACUUGGCUCUUGAUACGUCCGAACAGCUUCAUCAUAAGGAGAACGCAAUAAUCCAAAGUCAGAACAAAUACAGGGAGGACUAUGAAAAAUCUAAAGGAAAGUCAAUGCUAGAAUUUACUGAGACUCCAGGUUACGUGACAGCAAAACACGCACAGUUCAUCCAGAAUGAGAAGGAAUACAGGAAAGAUUUUGAUGAAUUGAUCAAAAGCAGCGUAUCUGUGGAUCUUGAUUUGACCCCAAGUUACUUGCAUGUCAAACAUGUCACCAGUCUCCUUAAUAAGAAGGAAUAUAUAAAAGAUUGGGAGGAAAACAUCAAAGGAAAAGGGCUCACUUUGAUAGAAGACACCCCUGACAUGAUUCGUGUCAAACAUGCGUCCCACAUAUUAAAUGAGAAAGAAUAUAGAAGAGACUUGGAAGAAGAUGUAAAGGGAAAGGGUCUCACUCUGCUGGAAGAUACACCAAACAUGAUUAGAGUGAGAAAUGCAACUCAAAUAUUAAAUGAGAAAGAAUACAGGAAAGAUCUUGAAGUCAAAAUCAAAGGCAAAGGGAUGCAAUUGACUUCAGACGUACUUGAUAUUAAACGUGCCAAGAAUGCAUCAGAAAUUGCCAGUCAGGCAAUGUAUAAACAGACAUCGGACUUGGGACAAAACAAAUAUGGAACUGUAACAGACACGCCAGAGAUGAUACAUGCUGCACAUGCAAAGGACAUGUACAGUCAGAAAAAAUACAAAAGUGAAGCAGAGAAGACGUUGAGGAUGUGCACUACAAUUGCAGACUCUCCAGAAAUAGAAAGAAUUAAGAUAAACCAAAAAAAUCUUAGCUCGGUGCUUUAUAAAGAAGAGAUUGGUGCUGGUACAGCAGUAAAAGAAACUCCAGAAUUGAAACGUGUUAAAGAAAAUCAGCAAAAUAUUAGUAUGGUGAAUUACAAAGAUGAAAUUGGACAAGGAACAGCAAUUCCAGAUCUUUAUGAUUUAAAACGUGUCAAGGAGAAUCAGAAGAACAUCAGCUCGGUCCAAUAUAAAGAAAAGGUUGGCACAGGUACAGCAGUCUGUGUUACUCUAGAGACAGAGCGGGCCAAGAAAAAUCAAUCAAAUAUAAGUUCGGUGCUCUACAAUACUGACUUGAAGGAAAUGCAAGGCAGACCGAUUCAGCUUUUUGACACUCCAGAAAUGAGACGUGUUCGUGAAACACAAAAUAAUAUCUCUAUGGUAUAGCUGAACUAGUUUUCUACUAACAUGUGUAGAGAGAUUGAUGUUUCAAAUCAACUACCAACUGUGUUUGAUAACUUACGAGGAACUUCAUUAAAAAAAACUAAUAGAAAUGACGUACUAAAUUUACACCGGAAAGUGAGCACACUUGGCACUAAUCUGUAUUUGAAGUGAUGGAUAUGUACUCAAAUGAAUUUGUCUUAAUAAAAAUUGUA